AUGGCUACCACUACUUCCUCCAGCCUGCAGGCUGCUAAGAACCCUGCCCUUCGGCGGACGAUGAAUGCGGCCACAGGAGACCCGGACGCCUCUUCUCCUUCAACUGCCGCCCAGUCACCGGCCGACUCGCCCCGACCGUCGGCUUCUUCGACCUCUCUCUCGUCUCUCUCGUCCAUGGACGAGAUCGCCAACACCAAGGUGUCGUAUGGCAAGUUGCUCGACACAUAUGGAAAUGAAUUCGAGGUGCCCAGCUUCACCAUCAAGGACAUUCGUGAUGCCAUCCCCAAGCACUGCUUCAACCGUUCGGGCCUCCGAGGAAUGGCCUAUGUUUUCCGCGACCUGUUGUACCUCUCCAUCACCUUCUACCUUUUCCACAACUUCAACACUCCGGAGUAUGUCCCGUCUGUCAUCGUUCGUGGUGCUUUGUGGGCCAUUUAUGGUUUUCUCCAGGGCCUUUUCGGUACCGGCAUCUGGGUUCUAGCCCACGAGUGUGGCCACGGCGCCUUCUCCCCGUCAAAGAUGUUCAACGACACUGUGGGCUGGGUCCUCCACUCCUCCCUGCUCGUCCCCUACUUCAGCUGGCAGCUGUCCCAUAGCAAACACCACAAGGCAACCGGCAACAUGGAGCGCGACAUGGUUUUCCUGCCCCGAACCCGUGCGGACCAUGCCACACGGCUUGGACGCCUUGUUCACGAGCUGUCGGAACUCACCGAGGAAACCCCAAUUUAUACCUUGAUGAUGCUCGUGCUGCAGCAGCUCGUUGGUUGGCCGAACUACCUCAUCACAAACGUCACUGGCCAUAACUAUCAUGAGCGCCAACGUGAGGGCCGGGGCAAGGGAAAGAAAAACGGGUUAUUCACCGGAGUAAACCAUUUUAAUCCGAAUAGCCCGCUUUAUGAGAACCGAGAUGCCGGCCUGAUUGUUCUGAGUGACAUUGGCGUGGCGCUGACUAUGACUGGUCUCGUCUAUCUCUGCCGCACAUUUGGCACUGCAAACAUGAUGGUUUGGUACUUUUUGCCUUAUCUAUGGGUCAAUCAUUGGCUAGUGGCUAUCACCUUUCUCCAGCACACCGACCCCUCUCUGCCUCAUUAUACCCCGGAUGCGUGGAACUUUGUUCGUGGCGCGGCAGCGACCAUCGAUCGUGAAUUUGGCUUUAUCGGGCGUCACCUCCUGCAUGGUAUCAUCGAGACCCACGUUCUUCAUCACUACGUCAGCACCAUCCCGUUUUAUGAGGCCGACGAGGCCACGGAGGCGAUCAAGCCGGUCAUGGGGAAGCACUAUCGCUCCGACGUUAAGGACGGCUCGUGGGGCUUCAUCAGGGCUAUGUACACAAGUGCGCGGAUGUGCCAAUGGGUAGAGCCUAGCGCCGAAGCCACAGAGCAGGGCCAGGGUGUGCUCUUUUUUCGCAAUCGCAACGGGCUGGGUGUCAAGCCGAUGAAGCUUGAGCCGGUCGCCGAAACCGCUGCGUUAUGA